UCCGUGACCUUUCUCUCUGUCUCUCUUCCCCUCUCUCUCCCCCUCUCUCUCCCCCCUUGCCCAGUGGGAGGGAGUGAGCAGCUACGCCUGCUCCUCUGAGACUCGAACGCGCCUCUCCUCCAUCUCCCUCUAGCAGAGAAGAACGGCGAAGUCGGCGCUUCCCUUUUUGCUUCGAUCUCUCGGUAUAAAUUACAAAGUACUUGCACAAAGAAUUAUGGCAAGUAAGGGAAAAGCAUUAGUGCUUUCAAGUUGUAGUACCAGUGGAAACUCUCAUGAGCUUAACAACCAAGAAGGCCCACUAUGGAAACAUGUGAAGAAGUUGGAUCUGCCAACAACUGGAAAAAGAGGUGGUGGAAAUAGGCCAUGGGUUUGCAAUUUCUGUGGGACUCAGUAUAUUGGUACCUAUUAUAGGGUCAAAGGCCACUUGCUCAAAACUGAAGGAACUGGGAUUUCAGCAUGCAAAAAGGUAGAUGCUGAUAUGCUGAAGGUUCUACAGAAACUACAAGAUGAUUUUGAAAGCAAGAAGAAGAAUGCUACUCUAAGUACCAUCUUAUCCUUUUCUAAUGAUGAGCCAAAUAAGAAAAGGAAAGGUGAUAGUGGUACACAGGGGCAAUCUAAAACUACUUCAAGGGAAGACCUUGAUAGAAAGAUUGGAAGGCUCUUCUUUUCUGCAUCACUACCAUUUAAUUUGGCACGCAAUCCAUAUUGGAAAGAUUUGGUAACGUCUUUGGCAAACAGCAACUUGCAAGGUUAUGUCCCUCCAAGUUCAGAGAAACUUCGAACAACAAUUCUCAAGGAAGAAAGAAAUUACGUUGACAAACUGUUAGAGUAUAAAAAGUUCUCAUGGGAAGAAAAUGGAGUAUCUAUUGUUUGUGAUGGAUGGAUAGACAAUCAAAGACAUCCUCUAAUAAACUUUUUUGCAGUAUCAAUUAAAGGACCAAUUUUUCUAAAGGUGGUUGAUGCAUCUGGGGAGUAUAAAAAUCCUACAUACAUGAAGAACUUAUUUGCUGAAAUUGUAAAAGAAGUUGGACCUAAUAAGGUUGUGCAACUGAUCACUGAUAAUGACAUGGUUUAUAGAACUGCUGGCCUGUCACUGGAAGAUGAGUUUCCUCAUAUAUACUGGACACCGUGUGUAGCACACACAUUAAAGUUGGUAGUAAAAACUAUAUGCAGUCCGCCGAGCAAAGAGCAAAAUCCAAAAGCUAAUGAGUUGUGUGCUUGGAUUGGUGAUUUAGAAAAGGAUGCACAGUUGAUAAUAAAUUUUGUUCUCAAUCACCAUGAUGCACUUUCACUUUAUAACAGAUAUUCCAAUGUGAAGAUGUUAAAGAUAGGUGAAACAAGAUUUACAUCUAUGAUACUAAUGAUUACACACAUUAAGCUGGUGCGGGAUUCUCUCGUUCAAAUGGUUGCGGAUGCUGAUUGGAGCUUUUAUAGGUCAGAUGAUGAAGAAAAGUCUCAAACGAUUAAAAAGUGUGUUCUUGAUGAUUUGUGGUGGGACAAAGUUGACUACUUUUUGGAGUUUACAGGGCCGAUAUGGGAGAUGUUAAAGUUGAUUGAUGUGGAUGAACCAAUGCUACAUAGAGUCUACGAGAUGUGGGAUAAUAUGGUUGAAAAGAUCCAAGGGAUCAUUUUCAGACAUGAAAAAAAAGAUCAUUUAGUUGAUUCAUCAAAUUUUUUUGAUUAUAUUCAAUCCAUUUUGGUAGACGCAUGGAAGAAGAGCAAUACUCCAUUGCAUUGUGCUGCCCAUUCUUUGAUUCCUAUGUACUAUGGAAAGAAAUGGCUGUCUAGUAGAGCAGGUCGUGUGCCUCCACAUCAAGAUUCAGAAAUAUCAAAGCAUAGGUCAGCAUAUUUAAGUCGAGUUUAUUCAGAUACUGAGCACUUUCAUCAAGUCCAAGAAGAAUUUGCACGGUUUGUUACUGGAGUUGGGCUUGUUGGAGGCAUAGAAGCAAUAAAGGCUCGAGAUGAAGUUGAACCUAUUACAUGGUGGGUAUUGCAUGGUGCAAGUGUACCUCUUCUUCAGCGUCUUGCUUUGAGACUUUUAGCACAACCUGUUACAUUAUCAUCUCGAGAGAGAAAUUGGAGUAAGCAUUCACAAAUCCAGACCAUUAGGAAAAACAAGCUCUCAACCAGCCGUGCAGAAGACCUAGUAUAUGUGCGUCACAACCUUCGCUUGAUUACAAAAGGAGAUGAGAAAUGCAGGGAAGGGGCAUCAAAAUUUUGGGAUAUGGAUGUAGAGGAGUUUGACAUAGAGGGAGAGCCUGAGUUGAAUGCCUUGAACAUGAAUGUUGAUGAGUCAACUCUUCCAUCAUUCACCCAUAUGGACUACAAUGGAGAAAAUGGUGGUAAAAAUGAAGAGAUUGAAGAAGUGGCUUUUUGAUGUGGUACUUUAUGAAUGAAAAAUUUGCCACUGGUCAUUUACUUGAGGAGGAACAUCUGUAUGUCAUAUUUGCAGUGGGCUAGUCUCUUCUGAAGAGCUUUGUCUAUAUGUCAGAUCUUAUGUUAAAUCUGGACUUCAGAAUUUAGUCAGCAAUACAGUUGCGCCUUCAUCUGUGAAGAAUGCUGCUCCAUUUUCAAUAGAUUCCCAUCCAAAGAGUUCCAUCCGAAUCAUAUUUUUAAAAGCAUGGGAAGACACUCGGAUGAAUUGGUCAUAAAUCCGUCCAAUUUUGAAAUUAGCAUGUGUCUAAUAGAGGAUUCAUUCUUGUUGCUUGUUUCACUUUCUAUGGGUAGAAAAGCAUGUACUGUCUGCAAGGCUGUGGAGCGGUGCCUUCUUCAGAUGUUUUCGCUGGUUCCGUGCUUUAAGACUAUUUAUUGAUCCAUUUCCAGGAAGACUUCUUUUGUUACUUACCCUCAUUUGGUCAUGAACAAGCUGGCAAGAAACUAAAAUGAAGAGGUUGGUUCUACUCCGUUCUGUUAAUGAACUUGAUCUUGAGUCAGUCUCUGAAUUGAGGGGGGUGCAUCAGAUAAUAUGGAGUUGGAAACAACAUGGUGAUUUAUUUUGCAGCUGCAAAUGCUUGUUAUCCAGUUUGUGAAGUUUAUUGAUCUGACUUGAAGUUGCCACUGUGACCAUUUGGCACAAAUAACCCAUUCAAAUCAGGAGAGGAAUAUUAAAGUUCAGCCACUACAAGUGUAAUGAGGAUAAUCUAAAGAAGAACCUCUAAACUUGCCUGCAACAACUCUGGAAAAAUGUGCAAUAGAGCUAAUGCAUGUAAAUGAAUGACAAUUUGCGUCACCUUGAAGACUGAUACGGGUCCAACAGUGCGUGAAGAUUUGCACGAGGAAGUUAUAUGCUUACAAAAUUUUGGUAUCGACAACCAUGUUAAGCUUUUAUUACAAGUAUUGAAGUCUGUAAAUUUGAACUUGGUUGGCUUGUAUAUUAAUUUACUAUUCCAUUGUGUAUGUUUGAUUUUUCGUUUUCAUGA